AUGGGUAAGAGAAAGUCAUCGGCCAAGCCUCAAAAGAAAAUCAAGCAGAAGUUAGAUAUAACCUUCACCUGCUUGUUUUGCAAUCACGAAAAGUCCGUCAUUUGUACCUUAGACAAGAAGAACUUAUUGGGAGAGCUCCACUGCAAGAUUUGUGGACAAAGCUUCCAAUCCGCCAUACACUCUUUAUCCCAACCUAUUGACAUAUAUUCCGAUUGGAUUGAUGCUUGUGAAGAUUUAGCUGAAGAAGCGGACAAGAAUGGAGGUGCCGGGGGUGAGGCUGACGAGUACUCUGACGAUGAGUUUGACCGUCCAAAGGCUGUCAAGGCACCUGAUUCAGAAGAUGACUAUUGA